CGAAGAGGGCCGUUUCCGGCCGCUGCGCCCGUUUCCAAAAUGGCCGGUGCAGCUUCGGUCGCACGGGGUGGUGCAAAAAUAGGAUCACAGACAGGAUGUUGCGGACAGCGCUGGGCCGCGUACCGACACUACUUCGUAGUGUGCGGACCCGGGAUCCAGGACCGUGGCAGCUUUGGGAUUCCGGGGCUCGCCUAAAAACUGCGGAGAGACUUCAGGGUUGGGCCCGGCGGAGCUCCAGCUCCGCGCCGGGAUCACAGCGUGUGGCUGCGCUGGGGCGCGUGGAAGCGGACCACUACCAGCUCGUCUACACCUGCAAGGUCUGUGGGACUCGGUCAUCCAAGCGCAUCUCAAAGUUGGCCUAUCACCAGGGCGUGGUCAUCGUGACUUGCCCUGGUUGCCAGAACCACCACAUCAUCGCAGACAACCUAAGCUGGUUCUCUGACCUGAAGGGGAAGAGGAACAUUGAAGAGAUCCUAGCAGCCAGAGGAGAAGAAGUACGCCGAGUGUCUGGUGACGGUGCCCUGGAACUGAUUCUGGAGGCUGCUGAACCGCCUGCCACCCCAGAAGGAGGUGAGGAUCCCACCCACCCUGGCAAGAUGGAGCAGAGUUGACCUGUCUGUGCACUUCUGUGGCUGUGGGCGCCAGUCGUCCCAAAAGUCACUCUCUUCACUUGGAGCCUCUCAAGCCUGCUGUUCCUUGUCAGUAAACAGCUAUCACCUCCAGA